GCUUGAAGUCACCGGAGGCGACCUCACCGUCGGCUCGUACCAACAAGACACGGGUUCGACGUUGGAGGUUGGUAUCGGCCUCGUUGAGGGGGGAGAACUAUCGGUUCUGAAUACGGCGGUUCUCAGCGGAGACCUGAGCCUCAAGCUGCUCGACGAUGAUUUGCCCAGCGCGGGAGAUUCACGCAUCCUGCUCGACGCCGGAGCCGAUCUCCUCGGCGCGUUCGAGAACAUCGCCAGUGGCGACCGCCUCGAGACGCUGGACGGACAAGGGAGCUUCCUCGUCCAUUACGGCGCCAAUAGCCCGUACGGCGCCGAUCGGUUGGUGCUCGACGCUUUCGAGAUCGCCGGCUUGCGUGGCGACUACAACGGCGACGGGCUCGUCGAUGCGGGGGACUACACCGUUUGGCGGGACGCGGUUGGGUCGAACGUGGCGGCUUACGCCGGGGCGGAUGGGAACGGGGACGGGGUCGUGGAUGACGAAGAUCAAGCCGUUUGGGCGAAUCACUACGGGGCUUCGAUCGAAGCGGCGCUGGCGCAGGCCGUGCCGGAGCCGGGAGGCGUUGGGUUGGCGGUCUUGGCGGCGAUCAUUGGUGGAUGCCGUCGAAAGGGGUCGGGCGGUCGUGACUAUCACGACGGUAUCCGCAAACUCCGCGCGGCGGCCGCUAGCGGUCUGCACCGGCGGCUCCUCCUCCUAGAUCGGGAUUGGCAAGACGCCGUUGAGGGGUUGUUCGCCGCACCGCCCCGUCGGCCAAUGGGCCCGCGGCCAUUACGGGUGAUGCGGUUGGAGCGGCGGCGGGUGCUCAGCGCCGACUUCUCGCUGACCGCGACGGGGUUGGUGCUCAGCGGGUUCGACGACGCCGGGGGCGACACCCUGGCGGUCCAGCAGGACGGGGACGACUACCUGUUCACUAGCGGCAAUGGUUGGGAGCAGCACGAGCCUAACCAACUCCCCGAGGGAGUGACGAUCGAUGGCGACACGUUAUCGAUCGAUCGUGCGUUGCUCGAAGGACUCGAGGACGGCCUGACGAUCGAGGGUAGCCUCGGCCAUCAGUUGGACGUGCGGCUGGGCGACGCAGACUUCUCCGGCCUGUCGGGGCCGGUGACGCUCGACGGCGUGACCUCGGUCGGUCAAGAGCAGCCCUUCGCGCUGGUGACGGCGCCGACGGACGGGUUCCAACUGAUCGUCGCGCCGAGCGGCACGGUGCUGUCGAGCCUCAACGUGUCGGGCGACCUGAACAUCGUCUCGAUCGGCGGCUCGAUCACCGACGCGCCUGGCAGUGAGAUCCUCAUCAGCGGCAACGCGACCUUCACCUCGCGCGCCGCGAGCCCCGCUGGCGACUUCAACGGCGACGGCAUUGUUGAUGACGUGGACCGCACCGAGCACUGGGCGAAGAACUAUGGCAUGACGAGCGGCGCCACGAAGUACCACGGCGACGCCAACGGCGAUGGGCGCGUGGACGCGGCCGACUACACGGCGUGGCGCGACACGCUCGGGCAGACGGGGCAGGGGGGGAUCGAGCUGGCGAACGAGACGGGCGACCGGCUGGUGAUUGGCGGCGUGGCGACGUUCGACGCGGCGGAGCCCGAGGGGACGCACGACAUCUACGUCGGCGUCGGGGGCGUGGCGGAGUUCGGCUCGGUCAACGCGUACGGCGCGAACGUGAUCAUCCACGAGGACGCGACCGCGGGCGACAGCGGGCCGACGACGGUGUUGGGCAGCAUCGAGGCGUAUACGCUGCAGAUCGAAUCGGGUGGGCAGAUCACAACCUCUGUCUUCGAGCCGAUCACAGUGCUGGGCGACGCGUCGUUCGUCGUGACCGAGACGGCGAUGAUCGCUGAUGGGCCGCUCGUGCAGGCGAUCAUGCUUAGCAGUCCAUCGGCAGGCGGCAUCACCCGCCGAACGAUCGGAGGCGUCGCCACAUUCAUCGUUGAACAGCCGACGACGCCGGUUGAAGGAUUUCGUGGUCCGAAGGGAAUCGAUGUCGGUGUUGGAUCGACCGGCCGAUUUGCGGGAGGCUUCAACGCUGGCUCGCUGCGUUUCUACGCGCCCGGUGCGACCGUGCGCAUCGCCGAGGACAGCGACGCGGUGCUCGCAGGGUGGGGAGCGGGAGAUCGGGUUGACGCCAGUGUCGCUCACACGCUCGAGCUGCAAUCAAGGCUGGGGAUGAUCAGCGACGAUGCGGACGCGGUGGUGCGGAUCAGCGGCGACGCGGCGUUCUACUCUGACACGACGAUGGUACUGGCCGAUGGCGGCGCGGCGAAUACUUUGUCGGUCGAUGGCCUCGCGACUUUCGUCCAGAAUCCCAAUGCGGCGGGCAUCGACGUCGGCGUGGACUCGGCGGGCGCCGCCGCGGCGGCGACGUUCAAUACGGGCACGCUGCGAUUUAGCUCGAACAGCGGGGCGGUCCGCAUUGCCGAGGACAGUAGCACGGUGUUGGUAGGCUGGACGACGACGCCGGGGCCGACGGUUUUCCCCUACCUGUUUUACCCAAUCACUGGGACGAGAGUCGCGCGCGCAUUGCAGAUCACCUCGGCGGGUUCGAUUACCGACGAUGCAGACUCCUUAGUAAACGUCGGUAGCGCGACCUUUGUCGCCAAGGACGAGAUUAUUCUUGCUGACACGGAUCCAUUUGAUCCGUUUGACACGUUCUACAAUCGACUGACCGUCUCAGGCAUCGCCACUUUCAUCUCUACCGAUGGCGAUGACAUCUCGGUCGGGGUUGGCGCCGCCGGUUCGGCGGCCGUGGCCCUGUUCGACGCCGGGUCGAUCCGCUUCGUGUCGGUGGGCGGUGACGUGCGGAUCGCGGAGGACAGCAGCACGGCUCUCGCUGGCUGGGCGUCAGACACGAUCGCUCCGUCGAUCCCACUGCCAACGCCGACGAUCAGCAUUGCGGGAAAUUUGGAACUCUCUUCGACCGGUUCGAUCACCGACACGUUCGACGCAAGGAUCGACGUCGCAGGCGAUGCGUCGUUCAGCGCGGGGCAGAGUAUCAUUUUGGCCGACUUUGCCCCACUUGUCUUUAGCGGCCCGGCGCCGACUUCGUUAAACGUGGGCGGUGUAGCGACGUUCGUGUCAGGUAAUGGAAGCGCCUUGCGAGUGGGCACGAUUGAUAGCGACUGCGAGCCGCUGGCGAUCUUCCAAGCCGGCGGCCUCCGCUUCUCCGCGCCGAACGGGACCGCGCGCAUCGUCGAGGGCGACGGCACGCACUUCGUUGAUUGGAUGACGACGCCGGUGUCGCCGCUGACUGCCCCUCCUAUCGUAUCCGUGGCGCCGAUGGCGACCGAAGCGAAGACGAUCGAAGUUUAUAGCGGUGGCGGCAUCACCGACGCAGCCGACGCCGUCAUCAUCGCCAGCGGCCGCGACGCCAGCGGUGAUCGCGUUUACGACCCGACGGCCAGCGCGACGUUCGUCGCCACGCAGUCGAUCACGCUCGCCGACGGCGGCGUCGAGAACAAGCUGAUCGUCGAUGGCGGCGUUACGUUCGCCGCGGCAACGGGCGUGUUGCAGACUGUCAGCGUCGGCGCGGCGGGAGACGGCGUGGCGGCGGCGGAGUUCGUCGCGGGGACCCUCCGCUUCGCGACGCAGGGCCGGGUCCUUCGUUUCGCCGAGGACGCUUCGGCGACGUUCAAGGACGUCAUUUACGAUGAAACGCCCGGCACGGUGCUGGCCGGUUGGGACGCCGGUGCGACCUCGCCGCUCGUGCCGGCCGGCGUCGACCGCAGCGCGGCGUUGGGCAUUGAGCUGGUCUCCGCCGGGCCGAUCACCGACACGGCGGGCGCCGUUAUUGAAGUGACGGGCAACGCGGAGUUUUUGGUCACGGACACGGCGGGGCUGGGCGUCGAUGACAAGGCGAUCACGCUCGCCGACGACAACGCCGAGUCGACGAUCAAUCGCUUCACCGCCGGCGGCUACGCGACCUUUGUCACGCUCGGCGGCGGCGAGAUCGACCUUGGUAGGGCUUCUGACGGUGACCUCGCAGCAGCGACGUUCAACGCCGGCGCGUUGCGCUUUUACGCUCCGGACGCCGCGGUGCGCAUCGGCGAGGACAGCGGCACGUCGCUGGCCGGCGAGACGACCAACUGGGUGCUUGGUUUUGGUCGGCCGUUGCCGGCGAGCGUGGCGGGAUCGCUGCAACUUACGUCGGACGGCGUCAUCAGCGAUGAGGCGACAGCCCGCGUCGAAGUCAGCGGCGACGCCUCGUUUACGGUUUCGUCAACGGUAAACGUCGGCGAGGACCGCGCGAUCGUGCUGGCGAAUCAGGGCGGCGACAACCGUCUCGUCGUUGAUGGUUUGGCGCAAUUCACUGUCCUUAGUGAUAGUGCGAAGGGCAUCGACCUUGGUGUGACAGCGAUCGGUACGCCCGCCGAUGCGGUUUUCAUGGCGGGGUCGCUGGCGUUUAGCACUCCUGGCGGCAUUGUCCGUAUCGCUGAAGACAAUGGAACGUUGCUCGCCGGCGUACCUAGCCAGGCCGGUGGUUUAGAGUUGACCUCGGCCGGCGCGAUUACCGAUGCGGCGGACGCCAAGGUGCUGGUUACAGGCGACGCGAAGUUCACCGUCGGCACGAUCGCCGACGUCGCCGGCCCGGCGGCGAUUGUGCUUGCCGACGGCGAUGCCGCGAACGAGUUGGUGGUCGGCGGGCACGCCAACUUUAUCGUGAACCAAGUCCCCGCAGGAAGCCCGAAGGGGAUCGACGUUGGGGUCGUCCCCGCGACCGGCGCCCCGGCGGCCGCGUUGUUUACGGCCGGCACGCUCGGCUUUAGCGCGCAGGGGGGCAUGGUCCGAUUGGCGGAAGACAACGACACCGUGCUCGGCGGCUUGAGCACGGCGCAGGACCUCGAGUUGCUGUCGGCGGGCUUCAUCACGGAUACGGACAGCGUCACGACGGGCGAAAUCGUCGCGGCGACCUCGGUCGAGGUGACGCAGACCGCCAAGCUGAAGGCCGGCCUCAACGGCGAGAACGACGUGACGCUCGGCGCGGGCGCGGCGGCGUUCAGCAUGGCCGAUGGCGAUGGGAACAACCCCCAGCUGUUCAACGACGCGCAGUACCUGGCGGUGCAGGCGGAGAACGUCUCGAUCCACGCCGACUCGGGCGUCAACGUCCGGACGGGCGACGCGCCGCUGUCGAACCUCGACAACUACUCGCAGUUCGCCGGCACGUUCUACCUCGCCGCGACGGGGCACGUUACGCAGGUGACGACCGCGGCGCCGAAGGCGCUCGCGGCGGACAAGAUCUCGGUCGCGUCGGACAACGGGGCGGUGCUGCUGCGCUUGGUCGAGCUGACUAGCACGGGCACGGACCCGAACUUGCAGAUCAAGUCGGGCGGCUCAGUGGCGUUGAGCCAGCCGCUGGUGGGCGGCGGCACAGUGGGCGGUAAGUUCGCCGGCUCUGAUAUCCCGUCGCCAACGAGCCCGGCCUUCGCGCCGGUGAUCGUCGAGGCGGACGACCCGCUGACGGGCGUGCGGCCUGAUAUGCCCGCGCGCUCUGGCGACGAGGGCUUUGAGGACGUGCUGCUGACGGGCGGUGAGAACGCGCGGCUCUCCGAAGCGGUCCGCCUGCCGAAUGGUGAUUACGUCGUCGAUCACUUGCUCGAGGACGGCGGGCAGACCCGCACGAUCGAUGACCUCUACACGAUGAUCGUCGUCGUCAGCGGUGACGCCAACGUCGGCGACGUUCACGAUCCGAACACCGACGCGCGGCGCGACGUUGAUGCGGCCGAGGCCCGCGGCGUGGCGGUCGAGGACGGCGGCAAUGCGUUCCUCGCAACGACGGCUGGCGGCGAUCUGUUCUUCACCAACCGCAACCGCGAAGGGGGCGACGAACUCGACGGCAUCGCGGUGCAGAUGGCGGGCGGCGUCUUCACGGCGAUCGCGGCCGGCACGCUGCGGAUCGACACCGAGGACCCCGACAACCUCGCAACGGGCCUGCGGACAACGCGGCUCGUGAGCCGGACGGGGACCGUCACGAACGUCAACUCCGAUGACCCGAAUGGCUUCGGGCCGCGGGCGAUCCUCGACCCUUCGACCGAAGAAGGAAACGCCGCGACAAGCGGCCUGGUGCGUGCCGACCAGAACUUCGAGCAACGGGUCACGAUGGCCCUAGGGUCGCGCGGCGAGGACAACCUGCUCGUGGAAGUCGAGUGGGCCGACACGGCCGACAUCCGCCAGUACAGCAACGCCAACGUCCGUCUCGCGCCCGGCACGAACCUGCCGACCAAUACGGUGGGAUCGACGGACGUGCCUGGAUCGCGGCCCUAUGCGGAUGUCGUGCAGACGCCGGUCGAGACGAUCGAGGCGAACGUCGCCGACCCCUCCGUCACGGGCUACCAGUACCAGACGCUCGCUGGCGCCAGCCGCGUGGCGACGAUCACACACAACUACGACGAGGCGUUCGUCCCGAACAACCCGGCGCAGAACCGACUGCCGACGACGGUGCGGGUGUUCAACGACGCGGCGAUCAACCUCUUCGACCAAGGGGGCGUGCGGAACCUCAACAGCGUGAGCUUCUCGAUCGCGCCGCGGAUCAUCACGCUGCCGCCGCCGGGAUACUUCAUCAUCUCCGAGCCCGACCUGCCGCAGCAGUACGAGCCGGUGAGCGUGACGUUGCCGCGUUCCGAGCCGACGCAAGUGACGCAGCAGACGACGCUCGACGAGGGCCGCGCCGUUUCGGUUUCAACCACCGAGGAAGUGUGGUACGGCCGUGUCGAUGAACAGGGGGAGUGGGUCGUCGAUAUCCCCGGCGAGAAAUGGCCGCGGAUUCACGAGGACGCCGAGGGCGACUUCCUGCGCGAGAUCCGCGACAAGAUCGACGAGGGCCCGUACUCGGAGGGCCGGUACGUCAUCAAGGUGGUGACGCUACGCAGCGAGCAGCUGUUGGAGGAAUGGGUAAAGGGGGACGAUGCGGAAGCUGACGACGGAAUGGCGACGAAGCCCUCCGCUGUUCCUACAACUGACGGACCUGCUGCCGAAGGGCCUGCCGAGGAAGCCGACUUACCCGCCGAAGAAGCUCGUCCUGCGACGCCCGCGGUGAACGGGCCGGUUGAGGCGCCGGCUGUGGGCGCCCCGCAGGGGGCGCCGCUGGGGCUCUUGGAGCUGGAGUCGGCCCCGGUGGACGCACGCCACACGGCGUUCGCGGCGAUGGCGGCGGUCGGCGUCUGGCGGCGUCGCCUUAAUGACGCCGGACCGUUUACACUGGACGCCGACGGUGUGGCGUUCACCCGUGUGAAGCGGCAACGGGCACGCAUUGAAGGCAAACAGUCGAUGACGGAUGUCGACGCAUUCUUGGACGACCUCGACCGCCUCGCCACGACGGCGGCGACUGACGAUGCUGCGGCGUUCUACCGCCAGUUACUGCCCGCUGCGUCGAUGGCGAUUGGCGCCGACGCGGCCGAGUAUGUCGCGUCCGCGGGCGCCGUGGAUCAUCGGCCGCAGCGUUGGAACCUGACGGGCCCGCUGGUCGAAGCCGACAGGGUUCAGCGGGUCCGCCUCGACGGCAUGCCGCGCAUCGUGCCGGGGCUCGACGGCGAGCCGGUGGUCGCUGUGCCUGUCGAAUCGGCGAGCGGCCCGGUGGGCGUGAUCGCCUUCCGGCUGGGCGACAGCGCGGCGACGCCCGAGCGCAGCAUCGAGCUCGCCGCCGCGGUCGCGGAGAUCGCGGGACGUUACGAGUUGCGUUGCGAGUCGGGCCGUGUGCAGAGAGCCCAGACGCGGCUGGCGCGGAUCGAGAAGCUGCUGGUGCGGCUCCACUCGAAGCGGGGCCUCCGGCCGAUUGCCCACGAGGCGGCGGAGCAGGGGCGUUUGGCGGCCGGAUGCGACCGGCUGUCGGUGCUGACGCCGACCGCGGACGGGUGGCGGAUCGUCACGGUGAGCGGCGUCGCACAGGUGAGUCGACGCAGCGACGCGGCCCGCGCGAUCGAGCGGAUCGCAAACGCGGCGCUGCGUGGCGGCGAGCCGCUUCGCUACCCCAGCGACGACGGCCGACCGUUGUCGCCUCCGAUCGCCGACGAAGUCGAUCGCUACUGCGAGGCCUCGGGUGUCCGCGCGUUGCGGGUGCUGCCGUGCGUCGCCCCCGCCGACGGGGAUUCACUUGACGACGCGCCGCGGCUGGCGAUGCUCGCCGAAUGGUUCGACGGGGCGGUCGAUGAUGAAGGCGACGCGAUGCUGGCGGCGCUCGCACGGCACAUGGGCGUCGCGGCGAUGCGGGACCGCUCGGGUGGUUGGGGCUGGGCGCCGCUGAGCCGCACAGCGACGGCGCUGGCGGUUGUCGGGCUGUUGUUGGCGGCGGUUGUGUUCGCGCUAGUGACGCCGGCGACGUUGUGGCUGCAAGUGGAUGGGCGCUUCGAGCCGGUGGACCAGGCGUGUGUCUUCGCGCCGCUCGAUGGCGUCGUUCGUGAGGUGCUCGUCAAGCAAGCCGACCAAGUGAGCCGGGGGCAGCCGCUGGUGCGGCUCGAAUCGCCCGACCUGCAACUGAAGCAGGAAGAGGUCGCCGAGGCGAUCGCGGCGACGCAAUCGGAGAUCGCUUCCCUGGAGACCGAGAAGCUCCGCGCGUCACUCCCCGGCCGCGGCGAGGACCGGGACGACGCGACGACGAUCGCCAGCCGCGCGGCGGCGUUGCGCGAGCGGCUCAGCCAUCAGCAGAAGCAGCGGGAGCUGCUCGAAGCGGAAGCGGCGAAACUCCUGGUUACCAGCCCGAUCAAAGGCGAUGUCGUCAGCUGGCGACCGGAGGAUUACCUCGCCGACCGGCCGGUGCGGCGGGGGCAGCGGCUGCUGGAGGUGGCGGCGGACGGCCACUGGCGGCUAGAGCUAGAGGCGCCCGACCACCGCGUCGGGCCACUGCUGCGGGCCCAAGCGACGGGCGAGCCGCUGCGGGUGGAGUACGUGGUGCGUUCGGACCCCGCCCAGACGCACACGGCCGUGGUGACGGCGAUCGCCGACGCCACCCAGACCGACGACGAGGGGAGUCCGGUUGUGCGGGUCGUAGCGGACCCCGCCGAAGCGGCCGUGGCGAAUCCUCGCAGUGGGCUGGGGGUCUCGGCUAAGAUCGAUUGCGGCACCCACUCCCUCGCCUAUGUCUGGCUGCAUGAAGCGAUCGACGCGAUCCGCCGUCGCGUCGUCGAUCUUGACGGUGAGCGAGACAGUCAAGGUUCCAGCGCCCGAGGCGCGACGAUCGGCGAGGUCGACGCACGCGAGCAGCAGCUGUCGGCCGAAGUGAUCGAGCAAGACCUGGCGAUCGCGCGGAGCGAGUCGGAGAGCGACGUCCGCGUCCGCCUCGCCGCGAAAGAGAACAAAGUCGCCGAGGCCGAGCUGAAGCGGGCGACGUCGAUCAACGCCGAGCUGCCCAACACGGUCUCGACCAAAGAGGUCGAGCGAUUGCGGUUGACGAUGGAGAAGUCGGAGCUCGAGAUCGAGUUCGCUAAUUUCGAACGCGAUCUGCUGGCCGCGAAGCUGGGCCGUAUCGAGGCCGACCUGCGGCUGGCGCAGCACCAGGUCGAGAAGAUGCGGGUCACCUCGCCGAUCGGCGGCGUUGUCGCCGAGCUGUUCUGCGAGGCGGGUGAGUGGGUCGAUGCGGGCGAGCCGAUCGCGCGGCUGGUGCGGGUAGAUCAGUUGCGCGUCGAGGGCUUUGUGGGCAUCGACGACGCGCUCGCCGGGCUGGUGAACCGUCCCGUCGUCGUCGAGGCGCUGCUGCCCAGCGGCGAGACGAUCAAAGCCGAAGGCCGUGUCGUUUUCGUUAGUCCCGAGGCUGAGCCCGUGGACGCCAAGGUGCGGUUCUGGGCCGAAGUCGAUAACAGCGCGAUGCGGCUGCGGCCGGGCCUGACGGCGCGGGUGAUGAUCCUCGACGCCGCCGCGGGCGACGCGCCCGUGCAGCCGGCGGCUUACUUCGCGAACUGCCGCCUGCGAGCCCGGCGCGACUUCAUGCUCAGCGCCAGCGGCGACGCGACGGUGGUCAAAGACCCCUUGUCGCUGGAGUACUUCCGGCUCGGCGACCGUGAAGGCUUCUUGCUCCGCACGCUGCGCGACCCGAUGACGGUGGCCGAGCUGACGCGGCGGUUCCAACGGCAGUUCCCCAACGAGCGCGCGACGGGCGAACAGGUGCUCGGCUUCUGCGCGUCGCUCUACGACUGCUCGCUGUUGUUGUCGGACGCCGCGACCGAGCCGCGCAAGCCAUCGGGCAAAGCGCCUUGGUACGCGACGCUGAUGAGCCCGCUGGCGAUCCGCUUGCCGGGCGUUGAUCCAACGCCGCUGCUCGGCGCGCUGCGGCCGCUUGGGUCGCUGCUGUUCGGCAGGGCGUUCGCCGUGACGCUGCUGGUGGCGACGCUGGUCGUCGGUAUGGGGUUGCUCGGCAGGGCCGAGGAACUGACGAUUGAACUGCGGCGGAUGCUCGAUCUCUUCAGCCCGAUGCACGCGCUGAUGGCGGUGGUCGCCGUGGUUGUGGUGAAGGCGUGGCACGAACUGGGGCACGCGAUUGCUUGCCGGCGGAUGGGCGCCGAGUGCCACGAA